AUGUUGAAGCUGGCAAAUCCUGGUACUAUUGCUGAUUUGGAAACGGAUGUAGACGACAACGGGGACGAACGUUUUCUAUAUUUGUUUCUAGCUUUUGGUGCUUCAAUAAGUGGGUUUAGGAAGCUGAGGCAUGUAUUGGUGGUUGACGGUACACACCUAAGUGGCAAGUACAAAGGAGUGCUGUUGACCGCUAGUGGGCAGGAUGCAAAUUUCCAAAUAUUCCCACUUGCAUUUGCAGUUGUGGACAGUGAGGAUGAGGAUGCUUGGACAUGGUUUCUUCAGAAAGUAGAGAGGAUUCUAUGUGACUCCCCUUCUCUAGCGAUUAUUUCAGACAGGGCCGUGUGCAUAUUUAAUGCAGUAAGUAAGAUUUAUCCUCAGGCCAAGCAUGGGGCUUACAUUAUUCAUCUGGCUAGGAAUGUGAACUCGAGGUUCUCGAGUAAGAACUUAGCAAAGAUGGUUACUGCCGCUGCGAUGGCACAUAGUGUCGGGGAGUUCAGAGAUUAUUACGGAAAGAUUAGGGCGGCUAGCAGUGCGUGUGGCAUUUAUCUUGGUCAAAUAGGUGUUGCUCGUUGGUCUAGAGCAAAUUUCCCUGGUGAUAGAUAUAACAUUAUGACCAGCAAUAUUGCUGAACAACUUAACAAGGCAUUGUUGGAAGGAAGGGGAGCUGCUAUAGUAGAGUUGCUGACUUUCAUACAGAGGAUGAUGACCAGAUAG